CAUUGCGCAACCAAAAUACUGCGAACCACAUCAGCCAGACAAACCCUCCUCCUCCUCCUCCUCCUCCUCCUCAGGGUUCUCACAUCGUGUUGAUUCUUUAGUUUUGUUUAAGUGAAGAGCUGCUCGGUUGGAAAUGUGACUCCGGUAGUGGGAAAGUUUACUGACUUUUUAAUCAGAGUUACUUGGGCACUCCGGAGCGCAGCUGGACAGAUCGGACACACUCAGAGGAUGGAGGAGGGAUCUCCAGUCAAGUUAUCAGUGGCUGAACUGGCGGGGAAGUUCAAAAGUCAACCACUGCCAAUGCCAAAGACUGAUGAGAGAAAACCUGUUCAAAGGAGCCCUCCGUGUUCAUUGCAAUUACAUGGCCAGAUGGAUAGUGAGAGUGAGAAGGAGAAACUGGCUACUACUCCUCAACCUCCACCCAAGGCCAAGCUGAAGAAUUCUCCCCUCUUUGAGAAACUGCAGGCCAGUCCCAUAUUGUCGCCCACUAUAUUGCUCAACUCAGCCAAAAUUCCAGAAGGGAAGCAACAGCUUUCACCAUUCUGUCCCAUCAUACCCUGCAGUCCCCAGAGUCCCACCCUGAGGCCGCCUCAGCAGCACGGUGCCAAUGAGGAGCCCAUCAGCUUCGAGCAGCCAGCUGAGGGCACCACACUGCCCAACUUUAACAAGAGUCGAGUCCGGCUGUCCUUCAAGCGGCGGCCACCCACCCGCCAGCACAGGAAGUCAGUCGGUGAAGAGGGAGCUCCAGACACACCUGAGGAAAACAGGUCUCUCUGUGAUCCGCAAGGUGGUGACAACACUCUGGACAAGAAUGGCAAUACUAAGAAUGCACUGAAUGUCCCUCAGGAGGAGACACACAAGAACCAGGAAGACUCCACUCCUCCCAUCACUGUACAAGACACGGAGCCGCAGGAAGAACAUGAUGAUGUGACCAAGAACAAUGAGGAGACUGAAGACACUGAAGGGGAGAACAAGGAAGAGGUAGCAGAGGAAAAGAGCUCAGGAAAUCCUGAGGCUUCAGACGAUAUGGACAACCAACAAGAGGAAAAGGCACUCGAGGAACUUAGCACAGGAGAAAUGGAAGGAUCAAAAAAAGAAGAAGAAGAAGAAGAAGAAGAAGAAGAAGAAGAAGAAGAAGAAGAAUCUUCAGGGGAAUCUACUGAAGAGAAAACAGAUGAAGAGGAUCAAGAUGAGGAUCAAGCUUCUGGAGACUGAAUAAACAUGGACAAACAUAUAGCUGUGAAAGGUGGAGAGUACAAUGGAGGACAUCUACCAGAGGAAGAAGAACACUGGCUAAAUGCAGAGACUUGUAUUUUAUAAUGUUGGACCUGGAUUUAUGCUCUGAUAUAUGCUCUAAGCCUUCACACUCAAAUCAACAGUGUAGCCACUACCACAGCUGUUACCAAGCCUUGUAUGGUUGAGCAUCUAACAGUGGCCUAGGAGUACUGCAGUAUUGUCAGAGUAUGAGCAGAAAACCAAGUGUGUAUUAAAUUCGGAGAGGAUAUAACCCUUUUCUGAUGUUUUUUUUUUUCUUCCCUUCUCUUUCUGGAUCAUGACAUCAGUGUACACUUCAGAACCUCUGAUAUUGUGUCGCUUAAAAUGUAGUCUUUAAACUGAUAAUCGAAUGCAAUGGCAUCAGAAUGGUGCAGAUACUGUUAAAGAGAAUGAUCUUACUAGCAGCUCUUACUAAACCUCAAAUACUAUGCAAAGUAUGUAAUGUGACAGAGCAAAAAAAAAUUUAAAAGACUAAGUAUCAUUAACUAUGCAAACAAUCAUUUCAGGAAGCUUUGUUUUUAACCUUGAUAACUUGCUGUACAUGAAUGACUGUAGAGCUGUAUAUUAUAAUGUAUUUUUUUUUUCCUUUUUAUUAUUGAUGACAGUGGUUCUUUACUACAAAAUGCUUCCACCUUGCAGCCUAAAGUGUUUCUCUUUCAGAGAAUAUUCAAGGUUCAUGUCUAAGUUGAACCCCUUUCUAGGGCUAAUAUUAUAAUAUAUGUAAGAAAUAGCACACGACAGGCUGUGCUGUUAUACGAAAAUAACGCAUAGCUUCUGACCGAUCCGAUUUGAGAAUUCAAGAGGUAUAAACUGUUGUUACCAAUAAGGUGUUUAAUUUGAGUCACAGAACCGACCAGAAAACCAGAAUGAUUUUCAGAUCUACAUUAGGAUUGGAUUUUAUUUUGAUUUUAAGUUGUUUUGGGCCAAAAUUGUCUGGUUUGUGUUACUGGGCUGCCAUGCUACAAUGAAGAACUGUUUAUUUAAACUGUAGACAUCUACAGUGACCACACGGGGGCAGUCUAGCAUACUUAAAACUCUUGCAGUUGAAUUCAAGCCAAUUGAAAGUGACCAUAGAUAUGCUUGUAAUCAAUCAGUACAACUCCAUACCACACUUAAAUACACAUUUUGGCCAAUUGUGCUCAACCUGCAACUUGCCAAAUAAUAAUAAUAAUAAUAAUAAUAAUAAUAAUAAU